AUGAACUAUUUUAAGAUAAGAACUAUUAAUUGGAUAAAAUGGUUGAUACUCUUUAUCGCAUCAUUUACAAUAUUGUACAUAUCAAUUACUCAAUUAUCUAAAGCUAGUUUAUACGGUAUAUUUAACAUUUUUAUGGUCGAUUUUGACGACGAAAGUUUACAAGCGGCAACAGAAAAACAGUCACCUGAUUCAUAUUCAAAAUCUCAUAUACUUUUAUCUGAUUUAUCUACAAUGGAAUAUGAAUUAUUUACAUCAAAUCGUACAAAAUUAUUUUUUGUUCAAACAUCUGAAAAUGAAGAUUUAAUUGCUCGUCAUGGUUGUUCUGUAGAAGCAGCCGCUCUUCUUCAUCCAAAUGGUCUUAUAUUUGUUCUAAUGAAAUCUCGAUAUGUUAGUCGAAUAAAAGGAACAUAUUCAAAAUUAUAUAAAAAAUACGAAAAUAUUCGUUUUGCUCAUUUUAAUGAAACUCAAAUAUAUGCCCAUACACAAUUAUCAAAAUUAAAUCAGACACCACGUAUACAAUUUAUAAGAUAUUUUGCCGUUAGUCAUAUGUCAGAUUUUAUUAGAACAGCACUAUUAUAUAAAUAUGGUGGCAUCUAUUUUGAUUUAGACGUAAUUCCACUAAGAAAAUUUGAUUUAUUUAAAAAUUCUGUUGGAUUAGAGUCAAAAGAUGGUGUUAAUGUAGCAGUAUUAGCGUUUGAAAGUAGACAUUUAGCAUUAGAUAUUCAAAUGGAUAAACAAUUAGCAUCAGCUUCAAAUAAUUUUCAAUCAUUAUGUUGGUCAUGUGUAGGUCCAACAGCAUUAUCUGAUGCAUUAAAACAUGUAUGUGAUGGUGGUGAAUUACAUAUUCAUCAAAAAGAAAAAUGUCAUGAUAUUGAUAUUCAUAAUACAUAUACAUUUUAUCCUAUUGCUUAUCAAAAUAUUCCAAAAUUUUUUCAUUCAUCUACAAUUUCAUCAUCUAUUGAACAUUUGAUUAAAAAUCAAUCAAUUUAUUCUAUCCAUUAUUUUCAUCAUAUGACCAUGAAUCUUGAUGUAGAAUUAAAAUCCCCAUUUGCUCAAAUUGCCCAAUUGUAUUGUCCAUCUGUCUAUGAACAAUUGAUUUUAAAACGUCAAAAUCGAAAACAUAAAUCAUCAUUUAUAGCUACAAAUAGUAAUACGUUCUUACUUUGUCUUCUAUUAUCAAUGUUAUGUAUCCUAUUUGUUAUAUUUAUAACAUUUUUAUUACCAAUACAAGGAAAAACAAUUUUUAAUUAUAAUGUUAUUAUUUUAGCAUUUCAAAAAUAUGUUUAA